GUUCCGGAACGAGACUAACCGAACCUCCGGCGUUGGCCAUGAGCUUCUUCUCCCCCUUCCCACACCACCUCCCUCCCAAAUCAGCCCGUGGCCCAAAUUUACUCGGACUUCACCUCUCCCAAUCCUCCUCCAUCUCCUUCUUAAAUUCCACUUCUUCGAUUUGAUCCCCACCCGUCGCCGCUCUUUUUUUUCUGCUUAUUUUUUUUUCUGAGCCGACCAGAAAGACCAGAAACUCGAGUUUGUUGGCUCCUGAUCCAAACUAUUCUAAUCGCACGAAAGAGGCUGCAAAUAUUGAAUUUUGAGUUUCUUUGGGAGUGGUUUAGUGGAUAAAUCGGGGAAACCAUAGGGGAAUUCCUGACCGAAAGUGGUGGAAAGUUUAGUUUGGUGAUGGAGGAGGAGAAGCAGCAGAUGGAGCCGCCGGCGCCGGCGCUGGUGCGGGAAGCGGGAGCCGAGCCAAGGGCGCCACGACAAACGCAACAGCAGCCGAAUACGGCGGUCCAGGUGCAGCCUUCUAUGCCGGUGCUGAGGCCAUGGCCAAUGGAAAUCACGCUUUCUAUGAAGCCUGUGGUUGAAAUGAAGAGUGGCACCCCAGCAAAGAAGAAGAAGCACUGUAAUUGCAAAAACUCACAAUGUUUAAAGCUGUAUUGUGAGUGUUUUGCAGCAGGUGAUUACUGUGACGGUUGCAAUUGUAAACAAUGUGGAAACACUGUUGAGAACGAAAAGGGUAGGCAGGAGGCUAUUAACAACACAAAGCUAAGAAAUCCAAACGCCUUUCAACCUAAGAUUGAAAAUGGUCCAAUUCCUUCUAGUGUUUGGAAGGAUGCUGGAGCACUACCUUCACAUCCAAAGCAUAAUAAAGGUUGUCACUGCAAGAAGUCAGGUUGUCUAAAGAAAUACUGUGAAUGUUUUCAAGCGAAUAUCCUUUGCUCCAAGAAUUGUAAAUGUAUGGAUUGCAAGAACUAUGAAGGGAGUGAGGAGCUACGUAGUACAACUCAAGGGGAUAAUUCAUGUGAUCGAAAUAACAUUCAACAAGCAGCUAAUGUUGCUCUGAAUGGUGCCAUUGGAUCUUCAGGGUAUAGAUUUUCUCCAGUACGUAGAAAAAGGCCCCCAGAAGAUCCCCACUGUCAGACAUUAAAUGUUGAAGGAAGUAUGAUGCAGACACAGUUUCGAGAGACAAACAAUGUGGAUGUUUCCCAAAUGACCUCAUCUACUGGACGUGAUGGUUCCACUGUAAAUUUCCAGGGUACAUCUAAACUGGUAUAUAGGUCUCCACUAGCAAAUACUAUCCAUAUUACUGAUGUCAACGACCUAGCCAACCAUUUGGUGAUUGCAUGCAGAAAGGCAGCAGAGAGGUUCACUACAAUAGUUGAUAACAAAGUGGAGAUGGAAAUAGAUAAGGAAAUUUGCACAAAUACUGACCAAAAGUUUGAUGAGAACAAGAAAGGAGUCCAGAAAGCUGCACUUAGUCAACUUGGCAAAGUGACUGAUAUAGAUCAACAAAUUGUUGAUGACUCCAGAUUGCAUUGCUCUGAUACCCAAGACGAUGCUAGACCUGCCUCUCCAGGAACACAAGCGCUGUUGUGUGAUGAGCAGGAUCUCACAUUUGGUACAGUUCAUAGAAGUUCAAUUCCAGUAGCAAUGCAUGAUCAGGUCAUUUCAGAGCUACACGCUGCACAAGAAAGUGCAGUGUUGAAGGAGUUAAGAAACAACCUCCGGCUAAUUAUCGCACGUGGAAAACUAAAUGAAGGAAAAUCCGCAUCAGGGACACGGAUGGAAUUGGAUGCUCUAAGGCAUCAUGAAUCAAGCACCAGUUUAGCCCCAGUACGAGCUGAAGAGAAAUCCAACACUACAGAUGGCCCUGAAAUAACACACGAACUAAAAUAGAUUUAGCUCAGUUUGGAUUUUUCAUGUCAAGAUAAGAUAUGUAUUGUACCAUAGCCAAUCUCUGUGUACAUACGGAUAGUAUAGUCCUUGUUGCUAGAAAAGGCAACCGGCAAUGUAGCAUUAAUCAUUCACGAGGUGUAAAGUAGGAAACAGAUCACGUAUUUAUUUUUUUUAUCAAUAAUGAGUUUUAAUUGAGAAAACAUAA